UGACGUCAGAGCGGAGCUGUUCCAUCGGUGGAGUAAAGAUGGCUGACCAAGGCGCCGGAGAAUCUGGUAACAACAACAACAAUAACCCCGAAGCCUCCGAGGGAACGAUUAUUAAGGUCACAGUGAAAACGCCUAAGGACAAGGAAGAAAUCGCCAUAGCAGAAGAUGCCUCUGUCACCCAGUUUAAAGAAGAGAUCUCAAAGAGAUUCAAAGCCAAACAGGACCAGUUGGUUCUGAUUUUUGCCGGCAAGAUCUUGAAGGAUGGUGACAGCCUCAGCCAGCAUGGUAUCAAAGAUGGCCUGACGGUUCACCUAGUCAUAAAAACAGCACAAAAGGCAGGAGAGGGCAGUAGCACUUCAGCCUCCAACUCAACCUCCACUCAGGCAGGAAGCAACUCCACAUCUAGUCCGGGCACUAACCCCACCUCUACAACAGGCUCCACUGGCUCUGCAGCGCCGCCCACACAGACUCCCAACAUACUGAGUGAGCAGACCUCUGGCUUUGGUGACCUGGCGAGUCUAGCUGGAAUGGGCAUGGGCUCGGCUAACUUCAUGGAACUGCAGCAGCAGAUGCAGAGGCAGCUCAUGUCCAACCCAGAGAUGCUUUCUCAGAUUAUGGAGAACCCACUGGUGCAGAACAUGAUGUCCAAUCCUGAUCUGAUGAGACAGAUGAUCAUGGCUAAUCCUCAGAUGCAGCAGUUGAUGGAACGCAACCCUGAGAUCUCCCACAUGCUUAAUAACCCAGAGCUUAUGCGACAGACCAUGGAGCUUGCCAGGAACCCAGCCAUGAUGCAGGAAAUGAUGCGAAACCAAGACCGUGCUCUGAGCAACUUGGAGAGCAUCCCAGGAGGCUACAAUGCUUUGCGAAGGAUGUAUACAGAUAUCCAGGAACCCAUGUUUAGUGCUGCUAGGGAACAGUUUGGUAGCAACCCGUUCUCAGCUCUCGGUGGGAACUCUGAGUCUGGUGCCCAGCCAUCACGAACAGAGAACCGGGAGCCCCUUCCCAAUCCAUGGGGGGCACCAAGCUCUUCUAAUCCUUCUGAGAGUGGCGGGGGCACCACAGGCAGCACGACCACCACAGGGGGCACCAACCCAAGCGUAUCUAACCCUCUGGGAAUCAAUCCUGGCAGUCUGGGAAAUGGUAUGUUCAAUAGCCCGGGCAUGCAGAGCCUACUGCAACAGAUCUCGGAAAACCCUCAGCUGAUGCAGAACAUGCUGUCUGCCCCCUACAUGCGCAGCAUGAUGCAGUCAUUGGCUCAAAACCCGGAACUGGCCUCCCAGGUUUUGAUGAAUAAUCCCUUGUUUGCUGGAAACCCACAGCUGCAGGAACAGUUUAGAUCCCAGUUGCCCGUGUUUCUGCAGCAGAUGCAGAACCCUGAGGCCCUGACAGUAAUGACCAAUCCCCGGGCCAUGCAAGCUCUAAUGCAGAUCCAACAGGGUCUACAGACGCUGCAGACAGAAGCCCCAGGCCUUAUGCCCGGUUUGAUGACAGGUGGGACUCCCGGCGUACCCACAGGAGGUGGCAUGCCCCCAGCCGGGGGCAUGCCCACCGCUGGUGGCAUGUCUACAGGAGGUGGCAUGCCCACCGCUGGUGGCAUGUCCACAGGAGGGGGAAUGCCCACAGCCGGGGGCAUGUCCACAGAGAACCCCGCCUCUUCGCCCAGCAGUCCUGGAACAAACGCCACCCAGCAACAGCUGAUGCAACAGAUGCUCCAGAUGUUUGCUGGAGGAGGUGGCGGAGGAAGUGCAACGACUCAGACCCCAGAGGUUCGGUUCCAGACCCAACUGGACCAGCUGAAUGCAAUGGGUUUCAUCAACCGCGAGGCCAACCUGCAAGCCCUCAUUGCUACCGGAGGAGACAUCAACGCCGCUAUAGAGAGACUGCUGGGUUCACAGCCCUCGUAAAGACAUACAUACAUUAUGACGCACAGUCACACUCAUAAAUACAUACUUAACUCAUAAAUACACCCAGCAUCUACAGAGAACCAAGAUAAAUUUAAGUGUAUUGUCCCAAAUUUUACAUAAUAAACUUGGGCAGGAUUUGCAAGACCCCUCACUCUACAUUUGUUCUCAGAUCAUUCCCUAUAUCAUCUUACUUUUUUUUUUUUCCCUCCAUCCAACCAGUUCUGUUGUAGAGUCGGACUGAUUGCUCUCACCUUGAAGAGUGUUCUGGUUUAGAGAGAAGGACCAACAAUCCUCUCUUGGAAAGGGAUUGCCAAUCAUUUUCUGUAUGCUUUGUUUUCUUCACAUAAACCAGGAGUAGAGUGUUGGGGGUAAACAUAUACACGAUACGUGAUGAAGCCCAUGUAAUGUGAUAGGGAGUUGGCUCUGUUUCAUACAUGGUUCCAAUGAGGCAGUUCUGUAGUUUCCAGUCAUUCAGGCAGUAAUCCUGCGCAUGAACAGGAGGAUACCUUUACUCACACUGUUUAUCCUCAUUCCUCCCUCUUUUCCCACUCUUGAGAUACUACACACACAGCUGUUUUUACCCAUCAUCUUUCACUAUUUAUUGCAAGCACCUAAUAACAUGAUGCCCUCUGCACUUCCCAGAAGUUGUGAUUUGUCAUUCCAGUUCAAAGUGUCCAUGAGUUCAGACUCUCUUUUUUUUUUCCCCCCUCUGAGAUGCCGUGGCUCUUCUUACUAUCCUCUGAGAAAUUUCUCUGCAAAUUAAACUCACUGGGUUAAUUGGAUUACCCUCCUGGUUAAUACAUUUCACACAGGAUCCUUCAGGACUGUAACCAUUAUCAAGCAGCAGCAUCCCUGAAGCAGAGGUCGCUGCUCGUAGGAAUUUGAAUUCUACAAACCAAGAUUUACCCUUCAUUUUUAAUCUGAUUAUUCUUUUUGUUUUGUUUUGAGGUGCAGUUAGUGCCUAGAAAUGACAAUGAUUUGUUUCACAUAAAUUUAAUGUGGAAAUCAAGUGAGUAAAUAAUAAAGAAGGCUUUAAAAACAGUUAUGUUGGCACCACAUGUUUCUCAAAUCAAUUCUAGGUUGUUUUAUUAUAAUUAUACUUUUUUUUUUUUUCCUUUUGAAAUUAUGAACAUUGUAGUUGUGGUAACUUUGGCAACUUCUUCAGUGGCUUUGCUUUGUUGACCUCAGCUAAAAAUAAUCAUAAAUAAAAACAAUCCAUCACGCAGUUGGAAAUUUUGGAACUAACUUUUAACAGUACUGUACUAAAAGAACCCAAAAAUGAAUAAAUUGUGGUCAAAACCA